AAUGUCUUAAACGUUAAAGGAGGAAGAAUACAGUGUAAUAAGCAAAAUAGGAUGUGGAUUUUCGGCAGAGUAUUGCUUUUGUUGAGAAUUUAGUGUCCAAUUAGUUUCAAGAUCUGGAGAAUUGAUGGCACUGAAAGUGUAUAAGGCCAAACAAGAUUAACUAUAUGAGAAUGAAAUUCGUAUUAUGAACAAGUUGAGUCACAUUUCUGGGGUUAUUAGAAUAAGAGAAAGUCAACUUAGAGGGUGCAUAAUGAUGGAUUAUGCGAAGUAUGGAAACUUACUCCAAUACUUAUAAUAAUCACGAUUUGAAGAGAGCAUAGCCAGAAGUUUCUUUAAAUAGAUGAUAUUCAGUAAUAGUUCGAAAAUACUAUUAAUAGUAAUUGAUAAGAUUCACAAGAUGGGUGUUGCUCAUAGAGAUCUAAAAUUAGAAAACAUAUUAUUAGACGAUCAAUACAAGUUAAAGAUUUGCGACUUUGGAUUUGCUGUUCAAUAUUUGGAUGAGUAAGGAAGGAGAAUAAAAGUGAAUGAGUAAUUUAGUAUUUGAUUAUUUGUAGUUAUGUUGGAACGCCUUAGACUGCAGCUCCAGAGAUAUAUCUUCGAUAGCCAUAUCAUCCCGUGGAGGCAGAUUUGUUUUAGUUAGGAGUUAUCUUAUUUUAAAUUUGUGCUGGAUCGAGUCCAUUUCACAAUGCCAAUAUAAAGAGUGAUCCAAAUUAUUAGUUGAUAUACAGGUAAUACAUAGUUAAUAAUGAAGACAACAAAUAGGGAAGUUUUGGGAGAAGCAUUAGUUUGAAUUUUCAGCUGAAUUGAAGGAUAUCAUCGUCAAACUUUUGGCUUUUAAUCCAAAUCGGAGAUUAUCAGUAAUUAAUAAAUUAAUAUUUUAUUAAAGAUUCCUGAAAUUCAGUCUCAUCCUUGGAUGCUAGGUGAAGAAGCUGAUUAAUCCUAAAUUAUUGAUGAAAUGGAAUACAGAUUCUCAUUACUCUCUCUAUAAAUCUGA